CUCUGAGGUGCAUCGCAUACACUUUCUAGAGAGAAUUGGCAGAAUUUGCCGAGUAAGUGUAAUAACGAGGCGAGAAUGGUUAAGAUGUGUGACCGCCAAUAUUGGUCGUUAUUCUGAACGUCUACGUCAUAGGGUCCUGACUGAGAAGGGGAAGCCAUCUGCACGGACGAACCAAAGGCGCUGCCAUUAUUUGGGAAACGCACGGGGCAGAUGUGGCGUCUCCCUCUGCCCCUCCCCUCGCCGCCUUAAAUUGCAGCGAAAAGAAUCUGUCGCCAUCUAGCGGAGAGGCUGUGAAUUACAAUGAGAGUCCACGCUCAUUUAUUUGGUUGUGUGGAGGACCUUGCUGCCUUUUUUUUAUUAUUCACGCGUUGAGACUUCAAGAAAAAUUUGCAGCCCGGCGGGGCCAGACGUGAAUGCGUCAUUUCGGCUUUGUAACGCAAAAGCUCCUUCUCUGUGACGUCAUCACCACGCGUCUUUAUUUACUUCUGGUCCGGUGAGCCGCAAUGGAAGUAAACCGGGACGAAGCGGAGCGCUGCAUUGACAUUGCGACUGCGGCACUAUCAAAUGAUGAAGCGGAGAAGGCCCGUCGAUUCCUCGAAAAGGCACAGAGGCUUUUCCCGACGCAUAAAGCCAAGGCACUGCUGGAGUUAAUAGCAAAGAAUGGAUUUACUCCGAGACAGAGAAGCCACUCGGAGGUCAGUGGGGAAACAGGGCCUCGGCACCGCCAGACCCCCAGCGAAGAUGCCAGCCCUGAGGGAGACAUCUCAAGCACUGCCAAGCCAUACACUUCAGAUCAGCUGGAUGCUGUGAAAAGGAUUAAACAAUGUAAAGACUUCUAUGAAAUUCUUGGAGUCCAGAAAGAUGCCUCUGAGGAGGAACUUAAGAGGUCAUAUAGAAGACUCGCUUUGAAAUUCCAUCCUGACAAAAAUCGCGCUCCAGGUGCAACAGAGGCAUUUAAAGCAAUUGGGAAUGCAUAUGCAGUUCUGAGUAAUGCUGACAAAAGAAGACAGUACGAUCAGUAUGGAGAGGAAAAGAAACAUCCCUCAACAGAAAACCCCGAAAACGGGAACUUCGAGGCAGAUAUCUCACCGGAGGACCUCUUUAAUAUGUUCUUCGGUGGAGGCUUCCCAUCAAGUAAUGCUCACGUGUACACCAAUGGGCGAAUGAGAUAUCAGAGGCCAGAGAGACGGGAACGACACCGAGAUGGAGGACUGGCCCUCUUUGUCCAGAUCAUGCCCAUCCUCAUCCUGGUCAUUGUCUCAGCCCUCAGUCAAAUAAUGGUCACCAACCCCCCAUACAGCCUCAGCUUCAGACAGUCAGCAGGUCACACACAAAAGAGGCUGACAGAGAACCUAAAAGUGCCAUACUACGUUGGGGACCAGUUCUCCAAGGAGUUCAGUGGAAUGAAUCUGAAGAGUCUGGAGCGGUCAGUGGAGGAGGAUUACAUAUCCAACCUGCGCAACAACUGCUGGAAGGAGAAGCAGCAAAAGGAAGGUAUGCUGUACAGAGCUCGCUAUUUUGGAGACAGUGAUCUGUACCAAAGAGCACAGAAGGCUCGCACCCCAAGUUGUGCCAAGCUAUCAGAAAUCACCGCCUCUCUACAAGGUUGAGCUUACAUCCAAUUAAUAGAGUCAACACACAUAAGGUAACUUUAUCGGCUGUAAAUAGAUGAGCUUUAAUAAUCAGAAGACUGAAGACGACACGAUAACAAAACACCGCAACCAAACCAGCACCUCUCUCUCAGUAGGAAUACCCAAGAUGACCACCUCCUUGAAGAAUUGGGAUCUGGAGUUGAUCUGAACAUUGAGGUUUGAUUGUGGAAAAAACGUGGUAAAAAUAACUUCUCCUUCCCGGGGUUUGGAUGAACCCCAAGCCCCCGUUUUGAUGUGCCAUGAAGCUGACUGCCCUCCACUUCACCUCGAGGUUUUAGCAAGAAUGCAGUACGAACCCUGAAAGUAGUGAGGUAAGAUGUAGUCCUACCACUGUCCUCCAUGUAGCAGUUUAUUAGAUAUAUCACAGCCCUCUUCAGCUCUGUGCCGUCAAAACGGUGAAGGUGAAUAGGUUGAGAGUAAUUUUUGUGAUUUGACUUCACAUGCACAUUCUGAAUAUUUGAAACUAUGCAGGAAUAACGUGUAACCUCUAAUAAAUAUGUUCCAUGUCUAGGGUUUGUCAGACACUGGAAAACAUGACAUUUAUCUGUUUUGCUGUGAAUGCAAGAGGAAAAGAAAGGUCCCUGUACACACGAUGUCAAAUCAACGGUGUCUGACAAGUUCUGGUUUGGCGUAUAAAAGGUCUCUCCUAAACACCUAUCAUGGGUCGAAUAAAGCAAUUUUUGUCACACUGUUAAGUUUACAGUAUGUAAUUAUCGUUAAAUUAUUUGUAUUUAUUUUCGAAAUCGGUUAUGAAACUAGAAAAAACUGAUAUAGGCUUGCUCGUGUUUUUCCACUUGUUUUUACUCCCAAGUGAAAGAAAAUAAAUGUGGAUGGA